AUGGAGAUGACAGUGAUCUCAGCUCAAGGUCUCAAGAAAACAUCGAGCUUAUCAUCUCUUUUCUCUCAUCACCUACGGCCUUUCAUCACCCUCACCACCACCCAUCCCUCCUCCUCACGCGGCGUAAACCAGAGUCAUGUGUACACAACGACGGUGGACCAUGAAGGAGGGGUGAAUCCCACUUGGGGCGAUAAGUUUGAUCUUUCUAAUGUUAUUGAUUCUAGUUUUUUCUCUCAUAAGUACUCAUGUAUAUACCUACAAUUAUACACAAACCGUCUCUUACUGGGUCCUAGGUUUUUGGGAUGGUGUGGGAUUCCGGCGUCGGAUAUUGCCGAUGGGUUUUCUCCGGCGGGAACUGCGAGGCAAUUGAGUUACAGGUUAAGAAAAAAGGACGGUUCGAGGGGUCAUGGUGUUGUUAAUGUGGUUGUGAAGUUGGAUAGUUCGCUUUUUCAGGCACGGAGGAGAGUAGAUUCUGUUGUGCAACGGUUGCCAGAGGUGAGGUUUGACCGGGUGGCGAUUGGAAUUCCGGUGAAAAUGUUGCCUGCGGUUAGUCAUCAGGGGAGUUCAGUAGUGUAA